CCGCGCAGCACUAAAUGUCCAAACCAUAGACAUAUGUAGACAUAUCUAUAUAUAUAUAUAGACGUGGUCCAAACGACGCCAAAGGGCGUUGGUGUUGAUCAAACGUCCAAAGCGGCGAGAUAAAGACUUUGUUCAGAGCAGGAGCUCUCGGAGCUCAGCUGAUCCGACCUUACACUACCCAAACUGGUGAAACUGAGUAAGAAGACGCUACUGGAUCCUGAGUGAAUGUCCGUCAAAUAUCCGACUUAAAACUGACUGGUUAAACCAGGGUGGUCGAAAAUGUAACGUUACCUGAAAAACAACGCAGUCCACAGACCGAGAUGAGCAGUCAGUGAGCAUUUCAGUCUUAUAGCCACGAAUCUUUAUCAAAAUACGAUGGACAUGAUGUUUUUGUUGCUUCUCUUCUGUCACGUUUCAUCAGCGGUGAAACACUCCCUGAAGUAUUUCGAAGCUGAAUCUUCUGGAGUCUCAGACUUCCCAGAGUUCAUGGGAGCUGCAGUGGUUGAUGGUAUUCUGCUGGGUUACUGCGACAGCAACAUCAGGAAAGUAGAAACAAAACAGGACUGGGUGGAAAAACUUUUAGAAAACGACACUCAGCAGUUACAGUAUUACAACCAUGAGUGUUUUGAGUAUCCACCGAACGUCUUUAAAGACAGGAUACAUAUUUUUAAGCAGCACUUCAACCAAAGUGGAGGUGUCCAUGUUUUACAGAGGAUGAGCGGCUGUGAGUGGGAUGAGGAGACAGGAGAGGUUAAUGGUUUUAGUCAGUAUGGUUAUGAUGGAGAGGACUUCAUGGCAUUUGACCUGAAGACAUCAACAUGGAUCGCUUUGAAACCAAAAGCUGUCACCAUCAAAGAGAAAUGGAAUGCUGACAAAUCUAGAGCAAAACACAAUGAGAUUUUCCUCACUCAGCUUUGUCCUGAGUGGCUGAAGAAGUCUUUGGACUAUGGAAACAGCUCUCUGCAGAGAACAGGUAGAAUCACAUGACCUGAUGUAGACACAACAAUGUUCAAAUCCCUUCUCAGACUGACUUGCUGUUGUAUUAUCGCUCCAAUCAAUCUGACAUAACCUUAUUUUGGUGGCAAUAAGAUUUGAUUUAGCCAUAAAUCAAUCAGUAGAGGCUGACAUUUUGGGUAAAUUGGGGUGGUGAUGGGACAGAGGAUAAGAAUCAAGCCUUUGGUGUGAGACACCUUAAUUCAAUUCCCCACUGUGACACAUCCACCAAUGUGUCCCUGAGGAAGACACUUAACCCCUAGUUGCUCCAGACGUGUGCGACCUCUGACAUGUAUAGCAAUUGUAAAUUGCUUUGGAUAAAUGUAAAUAACUUUUUUCUCAAAGCUGAGACUGUGAGCUAGUGCACUGUUAGUAGAAGUUAAUUUUUUCAGAUUAGAUUUUUCUAAAAUAUUGAGUUGUCUGUUUCACUGAACAGUGAAUUCAAUUAAAACAUUGAAACUGA